AUGGUGGCGCACCAGGAGGCGGAGGCGACGACAACGACGACGGUGGACCCGAUGCGCCUGGCGUCGCGGUGGCGGUCCCCGGCGGAGUGGGUUGCCACCGCAGCGGCACUGGACUCGGAGCCCAUGCCAUCCGAGCUGAACACCGCCAACAGCUCGGGCCUCUUUGCAGUCGUCUCCGUCGACAAGAUGUCCGUCAAGUACCUCGGCGUCAACCACCACGGCCAUGACGUCGGAGUCGUGCAGGCCGACUGCCCCGCUCCCAUGCACCGAGCCGUCUACUACUUUGAGAUGACCGUGAGGAAUGCUGGGCUCAAGGGCCAGACCUCCAUCGGCUUCACCACCGAGAGCUUCAAGAUGCGCCGCCAACCUGGUUGGGAAUCUCAAAGUUGUGGAUACCAUGGCGAUGAUGGCUAUCUUUACCGGGGUCCAGGGAAAAGUGAGUCUUUUGGUCCCAAAUUCACAUCUGGCGACAUAAUUGGCGCUGGAAUUAACUACAUAGAACAACUUCUUUUCUUCACAAAAAAUGGAUCUCUCAUUGGAGCCUUUCCAAAAGAUAUUAAAGGACCACUAUAUCCUACUAUUGCGGUCCAUAGCCAGGAUGAAGAGUUGACAGUAAACUUCGGAAAAGAACAGUUCUGUUUUGAUAUUGAGGGUUAUAUUCUUGAGCAGAAAAUGACGCAACAAUCUAUUAGCGACAAACUGUACUUGCAACCUGAUAUCAGUCAUUGGAUUGUUCGUUCAUAUCUCCUACAUUACGGCUACCAAGAUACAUUGAAUUCUUUUGAUGCGGCAAGUGAAACUGACCCUCCAGCGAAUCAUCAAACUGGUUAUGGGGAACCUCCUGAAAUGUAUGGUCUUAGCCACAGAAAAAUGUUGCGUCAGCUCAUCAUGAAUGGGGAUAUCGAUUCUGCAUUCAAAAGGCUUGAAGAGUGGUAUCCACAGGUCUUAAAGGAGGACGAAAUAUCAGUUAUUUGCUUCUUGCUUCAUUCUCAGAGAUUCAUUGAAUACAUCAGGGCUGAGCAACUGGAGGGUGCUGUAAAAUAUGCCCGUGCUAACCUGGCCAACUUUUUGGCACACAAAGCUUUUGAGGGGUUGCUGAAGGAGAGUGUGGCCCUGCUUGCGUAUGAGAAGCCUUCAGAAUCUUGCAUUGGAUAUUUGCUGGAGUCCCCACAGCGUGAAUUUGUAGCGGACGCGGUGAAUGCUGCCAUCCUGUCCACGAACCCCAAAAUGAAGGAUCCAGAGAGCUGCCUUUACUCGUGUCUGGAGAAGUUACUGAGGCAGCUCACGGUAUGCAGCUCCGAGCUACGUGCGUUCAACAGCGAUCAAGGGGAUGUCUUCUUACUUCAUAAGGAGAUAUACGAAAGAUCCAAGCGUCCCUAA